AUGAAGUCCAUUGCAUUUCUACUGUUAGCAGUGCCGCUCUCCCUGGCCGACAACUGCCGACCAAACAUCCAAUACUGCGGCUACAACCUGCUUAAACGGGGAAACUACUAUGCCCAGAUCAACGACGCCCUGCGAGAUGCCAACCAACCCACAGAUGAAACACAUGUCGACCAAGGCCUGUUCUGGUGCACGGGGGGUGCCAACGGGGAGAUCACCUUUAUCUCGUUCUGUCAGUCUGGCUGUCAUGAUGGAGGGACUGGUCGGAGUGACUGGUGUAACUAG